AAUAUUUCGUCAGCACUAUUAAGUCCAAAUCGAAAGUAUCGGAAUAAUCUUUAAAAAGACGGAAACAAAGAAAGUAGAACAGGAAUAAUAGAAUAACAAAUCUUUAAAUGGUAAACUGAACAAUACGAAGUUUAGUUCCAGACAGAAAAGAGACCGUCAGCUGUGAGCACCAAUUCCAUUUGCAGCCAAAAAACAGCUACAGCAAAAUGUCGGUGACAGAUUUUAUAAAGGGUCUGCCUGUGAUUGAUGUUCAAAAUUUUUCACAAUUUAAUACGGAACAGGCACUACGUACUUCCCAGAAACGACCUUCUGUGUAUUUGCCUACCGAAGAUUAUCCAUCUGAGCAGCAUAUAGUUAUGGAUAAACGCUCUGUCCUUUUACGGUAUCUCACGCAACAAUGGGACAAAAAGACUUUACCACGCAAACGUGAUCACGGUAGUGAAGGCGCAGCAACGGGAACAACCACCGCUAAUGGCGUAGUGAACAGUUGUAAAAAGCGUCCCCGUUUGGAGGUUGAAUAAGCGAAUUUAUGUUGUUGUGUGAGGGUGGUUGAGAAGAAAGGUUUAGUAUACAUAUAUGUGUAUGCAUAGUAAACUAAUGCAUCUGGAAACUAUCAUUUAACUAUAAAAAUAAUAUCAGUGCUAAGUAACAAAAAUUCAUUUAGAGGGCAUAUAAAACAUCACCAAAUUUAAAUUCAAAUAUUUUGAGUUAAGGCUUUUUUAUAUAUAAUUUCGUGAACAUGGUAAUUAAGUUUAG